AUGCACGAGCCUGGUGAGACAAAUCCUAUAAAUCCAUCGCCUGUUUCGGUUCCGCAUUUUGAUGCUUCCGAACACUGGACAGUUCGUGCAUCGAACACUGUAGCAGUAAAAUCGUACCGCCUUCCUAUCUUAACAGUCGGCACUACGUCAGAACUUCACGUCUCUUCAUAUGAAGAAUUACGAAGACAUGAAUUCUUUAACCAAACUCCUCAUAAUCUCAUGUCUUUACUUCUCCCCCAACCCCCUUCUCUUUUCCUUCAACCUGCUCUCCCCUCCUCUCCUUCAUCAAACCCAAGCCCUAGAAACCCUAAAAUCUCCUCAAUUCACUUUCCAACGCCAAAGCCAUUUCCUUCUACACAUCAAACUUCUCUCCACCGAACCAACUCGCAAUCAGUUGGACAAUUCAAUCUCCAGCAAGAUUGGCUCCAUCUCCUCCAAGCAUCCAUCGAACUAAAAGAUCUCAGCUUGGGCCUCUCCAUCCACGCUUUCCUCAUAAAAUAUGCUAGGGUUCUCGACACCUUCCAUGGCAACAACCUCAUCAACAUGUACUCAAAGUUCUGUAUAGUAGAGUCUGCACAUCAGGUAUUCGACGAAAUGCCCAUUAGAAACACCAUCUCCUGGACUUCCCUCAUUAAUGGCUAUUCUUCUAUCCAUGACUUUGAUAAUAUGUUUAGAACUUUGCGAAAAAUGCACGAGUCUGGUGAGAAGUUUAAUGAGCGCACUUGUUCCUGUAUUUUGCACUCAGUGGAAGGCGACUUGGGUAUUGGGGAGCAGGUCCAUGCUUUGGCUACUAAAAUAGGCGUUGAGAACAAUGUUGCUGUUGGCACUUCUUUAUCUUCCAUGUAUGCGAGUAAUGGCCGGAUUGAAGAUAUGGAGUAUUUGUUCAGGGAAAUGGUUGAGAUUGAUAUCCGGUGCUUGAAUUCAUUAAACUUGGAUUACAAGAAGAAUAAAAAUUGGGUGAAAGUCAUUCUAACGUUCAUAUAUCUGCUAGAAACUGGUCUUCAGCCCAACGAACAUACAUUCACAAACACUAUAAGUGCUUGUGAUGGAAGUAUAAGUAUAAAUAAAGGAAGACAGAUUCAUGGUUUAGCCAUUAAAUGUGGUGCUUUAUGA